CUCUCUCCCUGAGCUCUGCUGUGAAGGAGCUCCCUCUGUGCUGGCAGUCUCUCUCCCUGAGCUCUGCUGUGAAGGAGCUCCCUCUGUGCUGGCAGUCUCUCUCCCUGAGCUCUGCUGUGAAGGAGCUCCCUCUGUGCUGGCAGUCUCUCUCCCUGAGCUCCAGAGAUGAACAGCCUGGCCCUGUUCUCCCUGUACUGGGUCACUUCAGCAGCAGGGGGCACCCCUCGUGUUGAGUUCCAGAGGGAGGUGGUGGGCUAUGUGGGUCAGAAUGUGACAUUGCGCUGCUCUCUAGUGGACGGAGGUCAGAAUACACAAGUUGUGCAGGUGUCCUGGGUACGAUCUCCAGAGCAGAAACUGGUGGUCUUCAAUCCCAGUUUCGGGACCAGUUACCCCUCGGGAGACUGGGCGGGGCGGCUCUCAGUCAGCAAUGACUCGGCCAGGCUGAAGGAGACGUCCCUGACUGUCACAGCGUGUCGCAGCCAGGACCAGGGUCAAUACAGCUGUGAUUUCACCAUCUUCCCCAGCGGCAUUCACAGGGGUCAGAUCACACUCACAAUCGCAGAGCUGGUGGAGAUUCCUGUGCUGGAGCCUGUUCUUCUGUCCUGUCUGCAAUCUCCCUGGAGCCCCAGCCCAAACUCCUCCAGUACUGUGCAGUGGUUCCGCUGGUCACAGGCUGGGGGUGGCUGGUCCCUGGUUCUGACGGUCCAGUUUGAGGGCAGAACAGCGCGGUGCAGUGGGGAGCUGUCAGCCUGCAGCACAGACCUGUACUGGACCCCCUCUCUCAGCCAGGCCGGCCGGUACCGCUGCCACUGGACCAACGGAACCGGACACUUCAACAGAACCCUUCUGCUCCGAGCCAGCAGCACAGAGCCCUUGUUGAGUGGUCUCCGCAGUCACACUAUCACUGCGCUGGUCCUGACUGGUUUGGGGGUCUCCGUCACACUGCUCAUACUGGUGCUGCAGUACUGGAGAAUGGCCCGCAGGAAAGUGCCACAUCCCAUGGAAUACACUGUUAAUCUUAACCAGAACCAUGAGAUCACCUACACUUCAGUGCGGACAGCAGGAGCGCCUCCCAGUGGCGGGACGGAGAACGACAGAAGAGAAAGCUCUCUCUACGCCAAUAUUGUGCGGAGGAGUAUGGAACAGUCUGUGUACAGCACCGUGAGGGUUCGAGAGGAGGCCGGGUCAAUUCAGAUACCCCCUGAGCCCCACCCCACAGACUCCUGAACAGAAGGACUUUUCAGAGGUCUGGUCACCGUUACUUCAUUGGAAUUGAUUCAUGACCCAAGGAGGUUGAAAAGAUAUUGCUGGGAUGAGUCCUGAGCAGCAGCAGUUCAGUUGAACUUUAAUUUGUUAUAUCCAGAUUUUACAGCGAACUUACUGUAGAAAAUUCAAGCCUCUGCUUUCUGGUACCGAAUCCUUUCUUGUUCUGUGGUCAUCAUGGUCUGAUUGCAACAUGACCAAUGGUUAUAAACUGCACAGAGAGGGGCUAGCUGCAAGGGAGAUGUGGUUUUGUGUGUGUGUGUGUGUGUGUGUGUGCAUGUGUGUGUGUGUGUGUGACCCUGAGCAAGUCACUGAACCUCCUUGUGCUCCGUCCUUCGGAUGAGACGUAAAACAAACGAGGUCCUAUUGUGUGCAGCAGCAGGUGCAUCGUUCACCCCCAAGUCCCUGUAAGUCGCUUUGGAUACAAGCAUCUGUUAAAUGAUUAAUUCAUGAAAAAUAUAUAAAAUAACUGGUAGCUGUGGCUAAAGGCUCAUUAAUAAGCAGAAGAGGGCCCCACACACUAUUAUUAUUUAUUUCUUAGCAGACACCCUUAUCCGGGGCAAAUUACAAGAUUUACACAGUUGGCUUUUUACUGGAGCAAUCUAGGUAAAGUACCUUGCUCAAGGGUACAGCAGCAGGGUCCCCCACCUGGGAUUGAACCCACGACCCUCCAGUCAAGAGUCCAGAGCCCUAACCACUACACCACACUGCUGCACAUUGUAGUCUACCACUGAUAGUCCACAGUCUCAUUAUAAUUAUUUUUUUAUGACCUACACAUGGUGGCGUUAUCUUAAAUCAGCUGGCGGGUUUUGUUUCAGUUUCAGCACUUGUGCAUCUUCUUACCCUUGAACAGCUGUGAAAACAAACCCUCAGUACCCGUGAAACUGAAAGUAUUUAACAAGGGCUGGCUUUGUGCAUGCAACUGCACCCGCGCUGACCAUGGUAACUGAUUGGCUGAGGUAUGAGACGCUGUUGCAGUUGUCAUAAGAACAUAAGAAGAUAAGAAAGUUUACAAACGAGAGCAGGCCAUUCAGCCCAUCUUGCUCGUUUGGUUGUUGGUAGCUUAUUGGUCCCAGAAUCUCAUCAAGCAGCUUCUUGAAGGAUCCCAGGGUGUCAGCUUCAACAACAUUACUGGGGAGUUAGUUACACGAAUGUGGGGUAUAAAGGCUUACAUGUCAACAGUCCCUAUAUGGUCGGGACAGUUCAGGGCGCUCUCUCUCUCUCUCUCUCUCUCUCUCUCUCUCUCUCUCUCUCUCUCUCUCUCUCUCUCUCUCUCUCUCUCUCUCUCUCUCUCUCUCUCCCUCUCUUUAGCGGCUGCUGACCCUCGUGCAUUGUGUCCCCAUGACCAGAUCUCAGUUUAUUGACAUGUCAUAUCCAGUCAAAUUACACAUUCUUUCCUCGCUGCUAGUGUCCCGCUGAAUGGUUUCCAAGUCCGCAAAGGCCCCUACACACCAGGCACGAUGCGACAAGCGAUAAUGUGCAGUGAAGAGACAAAAUGAACAGAAUCUAUACUUUUGAUCUUUCACACAGGCGACGCGUGGACAGCGCAAGAGCAGCGAAAAGAUACAGCGAUGAAAGAUAGUGUCCCUGAAUAGCAAAAAGUGUCUUCAGGCUGUCCGAAAUGUGCUGUCUCCAGAGAAAUGGUCGGGGCCCGAGACAAAGUGGAUAAAGUCAGCCUUUAACUGCGACUGUUUUAUGGCUGCGGAUUAGAGAGUAAAGUGGAGACAAAUGCUGCUGCUGUUUGUGUCACUGCCUGCUGUUUCAUAAAAAGCCUGCCGUGGCUAUUAUUGAACUGUACUUUCCUGUUGUUAAUAAUGCUGCAGAUUUGACUAGCAAGUGCAGAAUACCUGCAUUCUCUUUGUGUUCUGUACUGGUUCUUUAUUAUUCAUAGUGAGACUUCAGCAGGUCACCUAUCCCACACAGUAUAGAACAGACAGGAUUUCUGUUUUUAAAUGACUGUUUAUACCGUGUGGUAAAUGUUUUCCUGUCCAUAAAACCGUUUUAUUCUUCAGAAAUCUUGUGUUUGAUUGUAUUAAACAAGUACACAUGAACUGCGUUUUAGUGGCACGCAGGGGCUCAAAGGGUUAAUAGAAACGUUGUCUCUAUCACUGCUUUGUGUUUUAUGUCCUGUCUAAUAGUAUUUUAUAACACUUUCAGUGGUAAAAAUUGCAAUUAAAACGAUUUUCAAAACCUGGUACGUGACGUGCACAUUCAUUUUUACACGUGGAGCUGAAGGGUUAAAUGCAUGCGGUUUAAAUUUUGUUUUCCUCUACAUAAAUACAGCUUGACUGGUUGCUAUCAGGUGCGCGUUUCCUGUAAAUUUGUACACAGAGACGUUUCCUGAGAGAAAGUUCGAGGCGGAGCUACAGAAAGUCAGAAUCUGUCGCGUCAUUUUGGUUUCUUAUUAUUUAAAUAGACCCGAGUGUAAUGCACUGGCUCGCUGUGUGUGCAUGGAGUUUGAGGCAUCACAACUAAAACAGAAAUGCAGAGCCUCUUGGAAUACCUCACUGUCCUGACUGUUCUACACAUCUGCCCCUUACACGCAGCCGUUGGCAGCACCCCUGUGAUCUCUCUCGUUGAAGACACCCGUUAUGGUUUCAAAGUGUCCUGUGUCUCGAGGGGGUGGUACCCCAAACCUGAUCUGCAGUGGACGGAUGGGAGAGGCGCAGUUUUAACAGCCGAGUCUGAAACCAGAGAGGAGCAGGACGGGGAGGGGCUGUACACUGUCAGGAGUUAUCUGAGGACUCCCGAACCGGAGGGGGGGCAGGUGUCCUGCGUCAUUAAAUACGGAAAGGACCAGGGAGAGCUGCGAUCGAGUGCUAAAAUCAUUGGAUCCAGUAUUCCAUAUAUUCCAGGAUAUGUUGUGUCCUUCACACUCUUUUUAGCUUGUCUUAUUUCUCUGCUAUGCUUACUUGGUGUUAGCUGGAUAAGAAGAUAAAAUAUCAUCUAACACUCCACGAAAUACCAGCCGUUUGUACAGGGAUUGAUUCUUACACGCACACAGUGCCACCUGGUUUGAAACAGCGCCACCUGGUGUCUACCCAGAAUAAUUGUUUAAGUUCUAACCUGCUUUGUUUAUACAGUGAGGCACUGCGCCUAUCACAGCACUGGGAACGCUCAGUUAUAUAAACGAUAUUCCAACUCCAGUCAACUGUAUAUAAUAAAUACAUAUUUACUAAUAUAUUAUUGUUUUAUUAAUACACCUUUUCACUGAUGUCACCGUUUGUACACAAUUUGAUAAGAUUGCAAUAUGUUUAUUUUGUACACGGGACAGUUUCUGUCGCUUGUAUUUUUAACAAGACUUAAUAUAUUGAUAUGUACGCUGUAGCACCAACACCAGCCAUGUACACCUUCUGAAUGCUCCUUGGUGUUCAUGUGUUGCUAAAACUCAUUUGUUUCUAAUUACUUAGUCUGGAACAUACAGUUUUGUGCAGUUAUCACAAGUUUGUGUCUUGCAGAAGUGUGCUAAAUUAUUCACUUGAGUUGAAAGCAGAAUGAUAAAGGUAAUAUAAAUGAAUGACCAUAGUGACCAUAUUACUGUAAUGUAUCUAUCUACGGGAAACUAAUAAUUGGGUAUACCCUGUCAUUUAAUUGCUGCUCCAGGAUCGCUGAAUAGGAAUUACUCAUUGCAAUAUUGUACUGUCGAUUUUUUUUCUAAAAUAAAAUUCUUAUUUUCA